GGGAGUUUGUGCGGACGGAUCAGCACGGCGUUGACAUCUGCCGGCUGAGAGCUCCUGCUCACUGGAGGCAGAGGGCGCGCAGGCUGAGAGUUGCCUGUUAACCUGUUUGUGCAAUCCCCACCCAUCUGCCAAAGCCACAAGAGUGGGCGGGGAGGCGGAGCGCUUCGCAAACAAGAGUCUUGGCAAAAACACUCUCUGAUCUUUAUCUUUAGACGUUGUUGGGUUGAGAAAAUGUGUCAGUGCCAGCACAACGGGGGCUUAUUGCUCUCCAGCAGAUUCAUGGGUAAUGAUGACACCAAACAUUGCCACCUUUGUGCCUGUUGCUAAAUGCUGAUUUUGUUUCCCUUUCUCCAAAGGGUAGUGUAGCCAGCGGGAUACUUGUGGAGCAAAACAAAUUCUGAGCCCGGGAGGCUUGUGGACAUCGGUCGGAGGAGUGAAAUGACAGCUGAACCACAGGCAGUUCGCAGAUCUGAGUGAGAUUAAGUCUUUUGUUUUAUGUACAUGUUACUUUGAAAAAAAUGGCGACAAGAGUAGGCGGAGGAUACCCCAUGAACCCAGGAAGCCCCAUGAAUCCAGCCCUCGGGGUGAACCCAAUGAAUCCCGUGGCGGGACAAGGCGGCAGGAUGCCGCUUAAUCUUCAGCAGCCAUCUCCAGCCUUCCGCACGGUGGGUCCCGGCGGCGCUUAUCCCCGCCCAGGAUGCCCACCAGGAUCUCGCAUGGGAAUGCCAGGAAUGCAGAUGGGCAUGCCCUCUGGCCCAUCUUUCAUGGAAACUCGGCUACGACCAGGGAUUCCGCAGCCAAAUGACCCGUUUCGUAAACGUAUGCUCUCACAGCAGCCUCCACAGCUGAUGCAGAACCGAGGGAGAGGUGUGAAGAGACGAAAGAUGGCUGACAAAAUUCUACCACAAAGGAUCAGAGAGCUUGUUCCUGAAUCCCAAGCUUAUAUGGAUCUCUUGGCUUUUGAGCGCAAACUGGAUCAAACUAUCAUGAGGAAACGCCUGGAGAUUCAAGAAUCCAUGAAAAAACCCUUAAUGCAAAAGCGCAAACUAAGGAUCUACAUCUCGAACACUUUCACCCCGGCCAAGCCUGAGGGUGAAGAGGGAGAGACAGUUGCAUCAUGGGAGCUUCGGGUUGAAGGAAAACUGCUUGAUGAUCCUGGGAAAGUGAAGAGGAAGUUCUCGUCCUUUUUCAAGAGUUUGGUUAUCGAAUUGGACAAAGACCUUUACGGUCCAGACAAUCACUUGGUGGAGUGGCACAGAAUGCCCACCACCCAGGAGACAGAUGGCUUUCAGGUGAAGAGACCAGGAGACGUGAAUGUGAAAUGCACCCUGCUAUUAAUGUUGGAUCACCAGCCUCCACAGUAUAAACUGGAUGUCAGGUUGGCCCGUUUGUUGGGAGUCCACACUCAGACACGGGCCAAUAUCAUGCAGGCCCUGUGGCUCUACAUCAAGAAGAACCGGCUACAGGACAACCACGAAAAGGAAUACAUCAACUGCAAUCGCUACUUCAAGCAGAUAUUUAACUGCAUGCGGAUGAAAUUUACUGAAAUUCCAAUAAAACUGGCUGGUCUCCUACAGCAUCCAGACCCCAUCAUUAUCAAUCACAUGAUUAGUGUGGAUCCGAGUGAUCAGAAGAAAACUGCUUGUUACGACAUCGAUGUUGAGGUUGAUGACCCUUUGAAGAGCCAAAUGAGCAACUUCCUUCUUUCAACAACCAAUCAGCAGGAAAUUGCAGUCCUGGAUGUUAAGAUUCAUGACACAAUUGAAUCUAUCAAUCAGUUGAAGAUACAACGUGACUUCAUGCUAAGCUUUAGCAACCACCCUCAGGAGUUUAUUCAGGACUGGAUAAAGUCACAGUGUCGUGAUUACAAGAUAAUGACCGAUGUCAUUGGGAACCCAGAGGAGGAGAGAAGGGCUGAGUUUUACCAUCAACCUUGGACACAGGAAGGAGUUGGAAGAUUCAUCUUCUCAAAGGUUCAACAGCGCAGACAAGAACUGGAACAAGUACUGGGGAUACGUUUCACUUAGAUGCAAUUGUGCCUCCCUUCCAAAGAACUGGAGCUUAACACUCACAAUGUUACUUGCACUGCUUCUUUGACAUCUGAGAACAGCCUGGCUGAAUUACAAGUCACUAGCAGAGAAACUCCUUUUUUCCAGGGACAUUCCGGCACUAUUUUUGUAAAAUCUUAUAAUUUUUUAUAGAGAAAAGAUAAUUCAAUACUUUUAGUGCAAAAUCCACUCCCCUUUUCUGCAGUAACGAUUCAGAGAGUUACUACCAUUGGCAGAAAUAAAUUGUCUUAAUUAUUUUUUUUUGUAAAACUAUCUAACAACUCAAGGGUGUUCACCCAACUUUUGAUUAUUUAUAAAUACAGUAAUUUGUCUGAAAGCCCAUAGUCCAAAUCUGCCUUGAGGUUUACACAUCUCUCUCUCUUCCCCCCCCCACCCCCCACCCUCUCCAUUUUAAAAAGAGGUUGCACAAUGUGAGUGACUUAUUAUAAUGCCCCUCCCAGUGAAGCCAUAGUAGACCAAAAGAACAGGAUCAUAGUUGUCCCCUAGGAUAUUGAAGGGUAACCUAUCAAACAUUAUUUCUGAUAGGUCCAGUACCAUAAGGAUGGAAACUGUAUUGUUUUGUUGUAAGGCUCUCCGGCACUUACAAGCAAUCGUAGUUUUGAUUUAGAUUGCAGUUAUGCCUAGAAGUUCCUGUUUGUAUUCUUGGUUUAUGAAUGCAUUUUGCACUUGAAUUAAUAUCAUAAUUUCUGGGCUACAGUGUAUUUUUCCCAUUUUAAAUCUUUCAAAGUUUGAAGAUGUGGAAUUAGCACAAAAUACUUUUUCAUCUUUUCUGAGUAUUAUGGGAACAUAUGAUUGGACCAAGCACUGUCACUCUCUGUAGAGUUCAGUCCCCUCAGUUUUAAUCAAUUUGGCUUUUCAAAAGAUAGAUUAGCAAACUGGAAUUGGAACUGAAUAUUAUAGCUUUGAGCCAAGGUGACAACAAUCACAUUUCUUGAAGGAUUAUUUCAAUCUCUGGCAAAAGAAUAUGUAUCCCAUUACGUGGACCACUGGUCUGAUCAGAUUAGUGAUAAAGAUGCACAUAACCCAAUUUGUCUCCCUGCAGUGACAAUCCAAAUUGCAUUGCUCUCAGAAAAGUACAUCACAUAGAUUCUAGAGCUAUAUGCUGUGCCUUAUUUCUUUAUCAAUAUCCUGUAAACUGGUUUCUUACAAGGACAUUUCUGUCAGUAUGUUUAAAAAUUGUGUUACAAUUAAGACAGUAAAAUGUACCACUGCAAAAAUGGUUUGAAUCCAACCCAAAAUGCUGGUAUCAGAAAUAGCACAAGGGUUUUAGAGGGUGAACAUUGCAGAGGGAUGAAUUUGAACAAAUAGUUUUGAAUUAGAUACUCUGUGUGACUAUUGUGAGAUUGAGAUAAACUGUAUUUACUUUCCUCAAACUAUCUAGGAUACUGGAUUUGGGAUGGUUUGAACCUUGCAUAAUUAUCAUUUAAACAUGUUUAUCAUUUGACAAUGUACAUUAAGGUAAAUGGAGUUUUGCUGACAAAUCUCUUGCAGCAUUCUUGAAGGGAUGUGUCAUUUGGAGAAUGCCAUUUGUUCAAGCUAGCAAGGACCAAUUUCCUCCAAAACACAUGUUUCUGUGCAUAUAUCCAAUAUCAAAAUGAUAAUUAGAUUCUAAACAGUUGCAUAAUGUGGAGAGUUAUAAAAUGUAUCCUUGUAGAUUUCGUCUUCAAAACUGUUUAAUUACUUAAAACCACUAUGUUGUGUUGGUGUUCAAACUCGAAACAAUUUUCUUUAAAAUGUCGAAACAGUGAAAUUGGUUCUUUGAAAUGGCAAAUCACCAGAAUAAAUUUUAAACCCAAGAAAGACACUGAGAACACGUUGCCAGUGUCAGCGGAAGUGCAAGCACUAUAGCAACGCAAUUGUAAUAAGAAUUUAACUUGAUUUUUAGGAUUCUGCAACUCAAUUUCAGAUUUGUGUCCUGUUUUAUGCAAAGAAUAAUCAAAAUAAAGUUGGUCAUAUCAGAGCCAUAUGGAAAAUAAUGCAGUUAGAAUGCACUAACCAAAGCACUGAUGCUCAAAUAAUGGAGCAUCUACUUUAUUAAAGAGAACCUGCAACACUGCUUAGGUUCCGUUCCUGGCACAACUUAAUACAAUUCUGCAAAGAGGUGGAUCCAAAUGAGCUGAAUAGGAAUACUGAUGAAUGUUCCAUAAAAAUGGAAUUGCAGUCUAAUUUUGUGUCUGUAUUAAUUUCAUUAGGAAAUUUUAAUCUAGAAAAAAAGUUGCUUUACAAUAGUGUUGCACAGUUGCUUUUUUUUAAUAAAAAAAGUUUGAUUUCAGGAAGAUGAAGCUUAAGGGUACGGAGGUGAAUAUUUCAGGUAAAUUGCAUUUUUAAUUAAAAUUGCUAAGUGCAAAUUUAAAUGUUUAAUCUGAAUUACAGAUUUUGCAAAGAUUUAGCUUUAAAGGUUUACAGUAAUGAUUGCUCUGUGUGAGUGUGGAGUAGUUUAGUAUGGGUAUUGAAAUACAGGGAAAUUGCUUUUGUGAGAUUGUGAUAAUUUAGAUGGCUGUGUGAUAAAGGCAUUAUCUGUAGCAGGAGGGUAUGUCUCUUAAUUAACUGUUACCAGUCUUACACAAACAUAAUUAAACAUCAUAAUCUACACUUCACACAUAGCCUGUGACUCACAUCAGCCUCGCUAAGACUGUCGGCUAGUUUCAGAUAAUAAAUCUUCAAGGCACAGCUCGGUGUUUGGUCCAUUGAAUCCAUGCCAACACCUUGCAGAGCACUCCAUUCAGUCCCAUUUCCCCAUAGCUCUGCAAAUUACUAGUACCUACUCAAUUUCCUAUAGAAAUCUCCCAUCUCUGCAGACUGAAUUUCCAGCUAAUCUAUUUUAAAUUACUUGGACAGUUUCAGCCUUUAAUGAAAUUCCUUAUACUGAAUAGAAACUUUUGUUGAAACUCCAUAAACUACAAAAGCAUAUCUUAUUUGCAAGUUCUGUGAUCUAAUUAUUUGGAGGCAUCUGGGGAAGCAUGCAUUUCGUUCCAAUGAGCAAAGUAAUUAUGUUUUCCCUAAUAAACUUUUUUAGGCAAUUACAAAAGGGAAGGUUCACACAAUUCGCUUCACCCUCACCAAAUAACCCUUGCAGAAUUAUACCACAUGGCAUGGAUGCUGCUCUUUAAAAAGAGCACUGGUUUCUUCUCCCACCCCACCCCCGUCCUGCCUAGUUAGUGGGAGUGCUACUCAGGAUAUUACCAAAGAUCAUUUUCCCUCCACCAAGGAUACUAAUUGAAGCUUCCACAGUACUUGAUAAUUUCAAACCAUUGCUAAUAUAGACAGUAGAGCUGCUGCAUUGCAGCUCCAGUGACCCAGAUUCAAGCCUGAUCUCCAGUACUAUCUGGAUUUGCAUGUUCUCCCUGUGACCGUGUUGGUCUCCCCAGGUACUUUGUUUUCUUUUCACAUCCCAACAAAAUGGUUUGGUAGGUUAAUUAGCCACUGUAGAUUGCCUCUAGUGUGUCAGUGGUAGAAUUUGGAGAACAUUGAUGGGAAUUUGGGGAGAAUAAAAUGCAAUUAGUGUAGGAUCAGUGUAACUGGGUUGACGUGGGCUGAAGGGCCCAUUUCUAUGAUGAACGUAUAUAUGAUUCAAUAUUUAAACUAAAAUUGAAAUAAUCCAUCUGUGCUAUUUUAGUACUACGUUAGACAUUUCAGCAAUGUCCAGUCAUUAGAAUCAUCCAACAAAACAGCCAUUUCAGUUAGUGUGACUAAAUACAAAAAAGCAUUUGGAAGUUGCUCAUCGAGCUGGCAGGGUGAGGUCGAUCAACAGGUUAAAAAAGUAGGAGACACCAAUAAGUUUCCUAACAGGUUCAGAGUUGAAGUGCAAUUAACUGAAUUACAGCACAAAAAUAUGACACUGGGAUCAAUGUUAUAAAAUAUUUCCAUGUGGAAAAAUGUGACUGUAAUGAGAGACAUUCUUCCUGUUGUACAUAACGUGCAGCCGAUAGUGCAACAAUUGUUUAAGUGAUGCUUUACAUGUUUAUAUUUACAGAUUUUUUUAAAUGUUUUUUAUGCUUUUAUAUUCAAUGCAGUGGUGUAUAGGACCAAGGUACACAAUAUUUAUACUGAGAAUGCCUGUAUUAAUUAGGUACUGGGCUCAAGGUGAAAUAUUAUUGGAUGGAAUAUUGAUGCAGUUUAAAAAUUGCACAGCUUUGUAACUGGAGGAGGUUUAGCUGCCUUCCAUUUCCAAAGAGCUCAUUGUUCUUCUUAGCAAAUGUGACCAAGGUAGCCACAUUCUGAUUUUACAACUAUUUUAUCAUGCAGUAGUUUUAGGGAAGCACUAGCAAAACACUAGUUGAUGGAUUGCAUUCCAUCAUUCAACACUUGGGAGCUCUGAAACCUUUAUUAGGCAGCAGAUAUAAAGAGAUUACAAUGUUUUACUGGCUUAUAGGAAUUCAGUGCUUCAAUGGAAAAUAUCAUUUUUUAAAAAAAGACAUUGCUCAAUAGGUACAAAAAUGAUUAAUUAUAUUUACAUUGUAAUUUGGUGUUUAUUCCAUUUGGGACCACAUUUGUACCAGAACCAAUACAAAUUACACAUGUACCAAGUUUUGCUGUAGAAGUUUUGUGUAGAAAAUAAAGAUAGUAAAGAUCAA